CCGCUCGUGUCGACUCGUGUCCCACUUUUUGCGCUGGAAACCUGAUUCAGAGCAAUGGAAAACACCAAACAGGAACAAUUUUUGACAAACCCAGUUAUAUUGCAAAGUCAGGAGUUAUAUGAGUAUAUACUGGCCACUAGUGUGUACCCACGAGAACCAGAGCCUCUAAAGGAGCUAAGGGAAGCUACUGCAAACAAUCCGCAAGCAUUCUUUGGUACGUCGCCAGAUGCAGGUCAGCUAAUGGGCAUGCUGUUGAAGCUAGUGAAUGCAAAGAAGACAAUUGAAGUUGGGGUGUUUUCAGGAUACUCACUUCUCCUCACAGCUCUUUCAAUUCCUGAUGACGGCAAGAUCACAGCCAUUGAUGUCGAUCGGAAAACGUAUGAGACAAUCGGCUUGCCGAUUAUAAAGAAAGCUGGUGUUGAAGACAAAAUCAACUUCAUCGAGUCACAAGCUUUACCAGUUCUUGAUCAACUUUUGGAAGACGCAAAGAAUGAAGGGAGCUUUGACUUUGGUUUUGUGGAUGCGGACAAGGUUAAUUAUUGGAAUUACCAUGAGAGGAUGAUGAAGCUUGUUAAGGUUGGAGGGAUGGUCGUGUACGACAACACACUGUGGGGAGGAUAUGUUGCGUUGCCUGAAGAGGCUGUUCCAGAAAAGAAAAGGGCAUGGAGGAAGUCUACCAUGGAGUUUAAUAAUUCCAUCUCUGCUGACACUCGUGUUGAAAUAUCUCAUGCUUCUGUGGGUGACGGCAUGCUCAUCUGCCGCCGAAUUUGCUGAUCAGUGUCGAAAAAUGAAUAAAGGCAACCUAGCUAUCAUUAGGUCAAAUGAACCACUAAAUGUCGGAUCAUAUAUAUAUAUAUAUAGUUGCUCCUUUGUGAAUGGACAGUGACAACAAUUUUCUUUUGUGAAUGGA